AUGUCGCGACGCUACCCGACUGCAGAGCUCUACGAGGAGCGUGAGCGCGACUUCUAUCGCAAUGGCAACCGCAGUGAGCGUAACUACGACGAGCUUGAUGUCGAGCUCCGUCGAGGCAGUGACCCCCGCCGCAGUGCCCCCGACUUCUUCCAUGAUGACUACAGCCGCCCAACUGCGGGCCAAAUGGUUGUUCGCUCGCGAGAGGAUGAGUUCGCCAGAGGACCCCGCAGCGCACACACGUUCGACGACACCCGCUCCGUGCGCAGCGCCCGCCCUCCUCCCCCUCCAUCUAGUGUGCGAGAGGUGGAGCGAGACGACAUCACCAUACGUCGUAGCGACGGUCCUGUAGGCCGCCGUCCGCGCGAGGUCGACGCGGAUGAAACGGACAUCACCAUCAGGCGCCGCGAGCAGUCCAGGCCCAGACAGCCCGAGUUUCGAGAAGUCGAGCGAGACGACAUCGUCUUCCGCCGUGGUGACGGGCCCCCUGCUGGCCGCCCAGCGCCAGCCACUGAGCGCGAUGAUGUACGCUUCCGAGGCCGAGGCGGAGCCGACGGCAUCGACAUCCGGGCCUCCCAUAGCGAGGUCAGUCGCAACGGCCGCGAUGUCUCGGCUGAGAGGGGCUCUAUCCGUUUCCAAGAGCGAGAUGGUAACUUUGAGCUGCGCGCAAACCGCCGAGAAUUCAGUCGUGAAGGCAGGGACUCUAGCAGAGAAAGAAGCUCCUUGACGAUUAGGGGCCGAGACAGGAGCCUUCCAGCCCCAUCACGCUCACGAGGCGAUCUGGUUGCGCGCGAGCGAGAAGAAUUCGUCAUCCGCCGUCCUCGCGAUGCCUCACCACCCUCCAACUCUCGUGAGGUCAUCCGAGACGAGAUCAUUAUUAGGCGUAAAGAAGAGCGGGCGCCGUCACCAUCUCCUUCUCCGCCUCCCCCGCCGCCAGCUCCUGCACCCGAGCCAGAGAUUCGCCCGCCCAUCAUCCAGGAGAUUAUUACCCAUCACCGACAUAUCGACCAUGGAGUCAUCAGGGUCCGUACUCCAUCACCACCUCCGCCACCAGCGCCUCCAUCUCCGCCUCGUAAUGAGACGCUUGAGAUUGAGAUCAAUCGAAGAGAGAGCCGUAGCCGAGGACGCGGGAGGGGAGACUUUGAGGAGCUUGACAUUGAUAUCAACCUCAACCGUGACAGGGGCGGCGAGCUUGAGGUACGUCAGCGUGAGCGAUCAUUUAGUCCACCCAGGCGGAGUCAUACUGCGCCUGUGUAUGACUCUGAAUUUGAUCUUGAAGCCGAAUACUACAACCGCAAAGCACUUGAGCGUGGUUACCCUGGCGAGGCGUGGAAUGGAGCUACCAAAGAUUGGUCUAUUAUCGACGUUCCCCCAGGGACCAACCGCGUGCGCAUGGAUGGUAUUGGCGGUGGGGCUCAAGAGAUUACCUGGCAGCGUUAUAAUGGCGUUCGACGAUCGAAGUUUAUCAGCGGUGAGGAUGAACGUGCCACUGACUUAAGCAACCAGAUCAAGCAAAAGAAGAAAGAUAUGUGGACGGAGAUCACCAAAGAUCUGGUGAUCAGGGAAGCCAUCGACUCUAUGGGCUAUUCCUGCGAGGAGACGGAUGACUUCUUCUACGUGAUGGAGUAUCUACGAUAUGAGGACGUUCUGCACCUUGUUGAGAUUUCAGACGACAUCCGCCGCAAACGCAAGAGCCGCAUCCGUGAGAUUGAGAUUGAGCGCAAAUCUAUUCACGAUUCCCGCCCGCCAGGCUACGAUGAGCGCUUCUACGAGCACGAGGUCUCCUUUGACAGCCGUCGCAGCCGGUACCGCUAG